AUGAAGAGACUAGGAAUAUGUACAGUGCUGGCAUUGUACUUAUCCAGUGUUAACUGUUUUAGGCCGGAGAUCGACAACUCUAUGCCAGACAGCACACUGGUAGAGUACGAGAACAGCGCGGAAGGAAUAGGAAGUGGUCCUGGAAAAGGCAUGGAAAUGGCGUAUGACAAACAGCAAAGCCAGAUAAUACCUGCGUGGGCAACCGGGUUUGAGGAAAACCAGGACGGCAACAAAGUUGUUUGUCUGAACGGCAUGUGCGCGAACGAGUCACUUGUUAAUCCCAACAGCGAUAGCCCCCUGGGCUAUCCCGGGGACCCGAAUCCCCCCAUUCUAGGCGACGACAGAGGAAACGGCGACGACCAAGAGGGCGCGCCUGUGAAAAUGCCUGUGCCGUUCAACCACAUGAAUCCCAGCGAAGGCGCAGUUCCUGUGAGCCAAAAUCCAUUCUUUGGGCGAAACAUGAAGAACAUGCCCAUUUCGAAAAGCUCGGCUGGUAUGAUAGGGUCUAUUGACGGGCCGGCAACAGGGUUUGGAAAUGGGCCCACAAAGGAACAGACGCUUGGCGUGGUCUUCUCGAUAGGCGACGAUGACUCUUACAUUUUGCUGUCGCACCUUUCAAUGGACCUUCCCAUGAAGACUUUAAUGUCAAACAUUACCUUAACAUCCGACGAGGUUUAUGCGCAAGACACAAAAGAGUAUCUGAUGAGCGAGCUGGAGGGGAAAGGGUCUGUGUGGGGGAUGGACAACGGGCUAAACAUCCUGUACACCAGCCACGUGUACUUCUACAUCCCCAAAACAGCCAUCUCUCUCUCUGUGAACAUAGGAAGAAUAGUCUACUCGAAAGAGACAUAUGAGUUUUUUAAGAGAACGAAGCUGAACGUGGACAUGAUGACCGAGAUGCUGGACCGCGACGGGCUGACUGUGUACUACAUUCCUGUGUACGGAAGCAACCUGGCGCUUGCCAACCCCAUGACUCCUAUAGUCAGCCAGUACUUGAUCACACACGAAGGGUAUGGAAUCUCUCUGAGGAAAGCCAAGCGGAUAGAAAUAGACAAGGGUAUCCUUGUGCUCACCCAGGCUGCAUACACAAGCAUUGACUCGUCUGAAGCCGCAGAAGCCCUGAAAAAGUUUAUCUCUGGAGAGACAAACAAUCCAUUCAAUAACGUCUUUGAAAAGUACGGGUUUGACCCUGCGUCCUCCGACGAGGAAAGCGAUCUUGGCACUUCGUCCAGCAUGUCAGGCGCCUCUAGCGAAGGCAGCAAAAGCAGAGACAGAGGCCACGGCAAAGAUGCAGGAAGCAGCUCCUCCGGCAGCUCAGACAACCCGUCGCACCGCGGCUCAAGAAGCCGGUAUCAUGACGGAAGCAGCGACUCGUCUGACAGCCAAGAAAGCCGCAGCAGUGCAGAGUCUUCCAUGGAGGCAGCCGCCGACACAAUAGCAAGCCUGUUUGCAGAGGGGCGAAGGCUCCGAGAAAAGGCCGCGGUUGCUGGAGAGGAAAGGACGGAGUACAAGAAAAAGCUGAUCAAGCGGGCAAGGCGCGCAGAAAAGAAGGCGAAAAAGCUGCAGGGCGAUGUCCACAACAAGAAGCUGUUGGAGGCCCGGAGAGCCAGCGGAAACGCGAAGGGCCAGGGCAGCGCAGAGUCCCAAAGAAGCCAGAAGGCAGCCGCCAAGCAAGCUGAAAGAGAAAGCAUGGGCGAAAGCAAAGGCGCGGCAUCGGCUGCUGGCUCUGCGUGGCACUCAACGAGCAUGCAGAAGAACAUGGCCGCGAAAGGACUUAUUGAAGCCUCAGCCUCAGCGUCUGCAUCGGCGUCUGCAUCGGCGUCGGCCUCGGAAAACUCUGCGUUUGCAAAGAGCUCUCGAGAGUCGGCUGCCAGCGCGUUUACAUCGAGCGGUGCAUCUGCAAUCAUAUCCGCACACCAGUCCAACGAAAUGUACUACAAAGGUGUUUCUUCUUCAGAGUAUGCCACGAGAGAAAUAAAGCACGCUCUUAUGGCAAUGACCAUGCAGCAUGCGCUGUUCAGCACCAAGGGAAGAAUGUACCAGAGUCAGAAAUACAUGUCGUACGGUGUCCGGUCCAGCAGAAGCUCGUCCAGAUGGAUGCAAAGGCGGAUUUCCCGCAUGGUCCGAACGCGCCGUGCCGAAGCACGUGCUGCAAAGAAGUUCAUGCAAAACGGAGCAACUUCUGCCGGAGUGGCACGCGCUGCUGCAAAGGAGCAGGCUGCCCGAGCAGCCGCGAUCAAAUCCAACAGAAAAGCUGCCCAGGCGCAAAAGAUGGCUGGGGCCUACAGCGGAAUGGCGAAGAAGGCGGAGGCACAGGGCAACAAGAAGCAGGCAAGAGCAUACAAGCGAAGUGCAAGCCGCCAAAGGCGGGCCUACAGCAGGCACUCUGCGAAAGCUGCGAAGCUCUCGAAUGCCAUUGGCGCGUUCAAGGCAGCAAAACUUGCUGAGUGUGCCAGGCAGUCUUCUAUUUUUGCACAGCAAAUCAACAAUCCUGUGGAGGCUGUUACGCAGCAGGACCUUACAAGCCUGCAAAAAGCAGUCGCGCAGAUUCUGACCAGCUCGCAGAUCCAGGUUCUCAGCAAAGCCCUCUCCCCCAUGCAGAUACGUGUACUUACAAGCAUGCUGACUCCGCAGCAGGUCCAGCAAACACUGGUCCACAUGGGCGCAAUGUCCGUGGAGCAGAUGCAGGGUCUUCUGCUUCGCCUGCAAAUCAGAGGGGUGGAGCUCCAAAACAGCAAGGGCCCUAGCAUGAACAUAGGCCUGGGCUCGGCAUUCCCUCUGGGGUCUCCUGCAAUUGGCUCUAUUAUGAUGCGGGUGCAGGGCCAAAAGCCCGAGGGAACGCUCUCAAACGCCGAUUUGAUGCGGUUCCUAACACAGGGGCAGGCCAUGUUCCAGUCGCAGGGAGCUCUGCUCAGCACCGGGCAAAUGGACACUCUGAAGAUGGAGGCAACAAAGCAGACGCAGCUAAUACAAAAGCUGAUCAUGCAGAUCGAGGCCAGCAAGAGCGAGAUCGAGGCCCGCGUGCGCAAUAAGAUGUUUGGCGACCGGAUGAAGUCGAGCAUUGGCGUGUGCAACCCCAUGAUGGGAAUCCAGGCUGGACAGUCGAUGGGCGCCUUUGACGGAAUAUGCUCGCAGCCGGGCUUGCAGCUUGCCAGCAGCAUCUCGCUUGGAGACAACUCCUUCAACGCAAUUAGACAGCUUCUGGUGUCCCCAAGCGUGUCCUCGUACAUAGGCAUGGACCCGGGCACGCUGUCGCAAAUGCUGUACGGCCAAACGCAAAACAACGAUCUAAUGUGCCUUCUUUCGAAGUCUGCAGCCUCUACUCCCAUGUACGCGGGAAUGCCAUCGGACGAGCAGGCGCUCAUCAACGCCCGCUUCAACAGCACGCAGAAUAAGAUGUAUGGCAUGUAUGGAGGGUCUCUACAGAGGUUGGAGCAGGCCCUAGCAUCUGCAUUCAACUUAAUACGAAACUCUUCCAUUAAGUGCAGGCAGGUGCCGCAGCAGCAAGUCCCUCUAUGCCAGAUACGGCCGCAGAUGUAG